AUGGCAUUCUUCGAAGCUCUCAGAGACAAGGCGAUAAGCACCUUCAAUCAAGUUGUUUUGGACAAGAAAGUUGGCGCAGAGAGUUUGUCCAGGGAGCAAUUGUUCUGCCAAAGAUUCAACAUACCCGAUGAACAACGGGUUCUUCUGAAAGCUGCCGUCACCAUUGCCUACUCUUCGGCAUAUACGAACCAAGGCCAGGGACAGGGCAAGUCGCAACACUCAAAGCAAAACGGUUAUGCCAACCCCGCCAAGAGAACAAUAUUCAACGAGAGCCGGUACCUGGGAAACUUGUACUUGACCCAGCAGUUUCUUCUCUUUGAAGAUGGCGAGGAUUUCCGCGACUGCUCAUUCACACUACAUUUGUCCACGGUGAAGAAAGUCGAGCGAGAACCGUCGGUGUACGAGAACCGGUUAAUCUUGCUAAUAACCACCACGAGCAAACUAAUGAUUCGCUUUGCCUUUGAAGCGAGCCUUCGCUCGGAUACGGAACGGUUUGCCCAGAGCUUGUCCACGGUGUUGAAAAAAAACCAGCCCCAGAUCAAGAAACUCGAUGCCUUUGUCCAAACGUGCUACUCGGAGUACUUGUUGGCCAAGAACAACAUCUCGAAUUUAAACGUCGAGCACGUGCCGCGCGGAGGCUUGGGCUUGGUUUUCAAAUUCCCGGGAAACCCCAAGGAGUCACGAGACAAGACCAAGCUCAAACUAUGGUUUGACCUAUUUAUGGAAGAUGGGCGCAACUUGUCGCUAAUAAAGACCCAGAUGUUCUACAAAUUAAUCAGGGUCGGCUUGCCCAAUCGUUUGCGGGGCGAGAUAUGGGAAUUGUGCAGUGGGUCCAUCUAUCUAAGAUUGCAGAAUGAAGGCGAAUACCAGCGAUUGCUCGAGGAUAACAAGGACAAGGGGUCGUUUGCAAUCGAGGAGAUUGAAAAGGACUUGAACCGAUCGCUACCAGAAUACGCGGCAUACCAAUCGGAAGAAGGUAUCGGGCGUUUGAGACGGGUGUUGACUGCAUACUCGUGGAAGAACCCCGAGUUGGGAUACUGCCAAGCCAUGAACAUCGUGGUUGCCGCGUUAUUGAUUUACAUGUCUGAAGAGCAAGCAUUUUGGUCCCUCAACGUGUUGUGCGACAGGGCCGUGCCCGGUUACUACUCGAAAACCAUGUACGGCACUUUGUUGGACCAAAGGGCAUUUGAGUCGUUGGUGCAAGCAACCAUGCCGUUGCUUUGGGAACACAUUACGAAAAACGACAUCCAGGUUUCCGUGGUCACCUUGCCCUGGUUCUUGUCGCUUUACUUGUCGUCAAUGCCCCUCGUUUUCGCGUUCCGGAUAUUGGACAUAUUCUUCAUGCAGGGCCCAAAGACGUUGUUCCAAGUGGCUCUCGCGAUUUUCAAAAUCAACGGCGAGGAGCUUUUGCAAACAGAAGACGACGGCUCCUUCAUAUCCCUCAUCAAGAACUACUUCAACACGUUGGACUCAUCGGCACACCCAACGUCUCCGCAAUUGAAAUAUCGAAACAUCAUCAAAUUUCAAGAGUUGCUCCUGAUCGCGUUCAAGGAGUUUUCAAUGGUGGAUGAAGAUAUGAUCAAUGUGCACCGCGGCAAGCACCGCGAGUCGAUUUACCAAAACAUCUCUACCUUUGUGAAGCGCACCGAGAUUAGGAACUUGCCCAAGACACCCAACAUUUCCCUGAAUGGCUUGAAUAUUCUAUACGACAGAUUCUACUCGCUCGUGGAACAAUCCAACAUCACCAAGGGCUCUGGUUCAAGCACCAUCGAUUACAAAUCGUUCCACAAGUUUAUGUCUGAGAUUUGCGAGUGGGUUGCGCCGCUCGAAGAACAUGCAAAUGCAGCAGGUAGUCCGUUUUUGAAUCGACUUUUCCGGUGCUGGGACUCGGGAAAGCACAACACGUUAUCUUUCCCCGACUUGGUCGUUGGCUUGAACGGAUUGGUGGAUCCAGACUUGAUGAGCUCAAUGUCCAGUUUUUUCGCCCUUUACGAUGACGAUCAUCUGGGCAAGAUUCACAACAAUCGCAUUUUAGAGGUCUCCGAAGACCUCUUGUACAUCACCGACCCGUGGAAACAAGGACUAUUGCUCGAUCGCAUAUCCAAGGUUGAACUCCAGAAGCAAGUGCUUGCGGAGCAGCAGAAGUUACCCGAGGAGGAGAGGGCCCAGGAAACAGUCACUGUAGACGAGGCUACACAAGAAGAAGUCACGGGGAAACAGAUUGAGAGAUAUUUGCACGCCGCCAGCACUUUCAUCAAGCGCGCGUUUGAAUACGCCCAGCCCGAUGAAGACGAGCCCCUCAUUGCAGAGUUACAAAUCAGCCCCAAAUUCAGACACAAUGCCGCGUUGGACCCCACCCACCCGGUGUAUUUGAACGUGCCCACGUUCCGAAUGGUGAUCCUCGCCGAUGAAACAUACGAGCUAUUGUUCAGCACCACGCUCCGCGACUCGAUCCACUUGGAGAAAGCCGUGGACACGGACUUGAACCCGAUCCGCAACUUGCGCGACAUGUUUGAUGGCUUGCUCACCGACGGAAUGAAGGUUGCCUCGAAAGUGCGUCUGAGAAUGGACUCGCGCGCUUCUCAAGUUAGCAACAGCGGACAGGCGGCAAGCAUAGCCUCGAGCGCGUCGUCGGCAAAAUCGGGCAAGACCAUCCACGAAGCAGAGGAAGAGGAGCGCGAUGACGACUUUGGCACUAUUUCCAUCGACGAAAAGGAUAAGGACUUGAUCUUGGCUACAGAGACCAGUUCCUUGAGUGACCCCGUCAGUAGAAAAAACAACAACAACAACAACAACAACAACAACAACAACCUCAAACGCACAAUUGACACAACUAACCAUCAAGUCAAUGAUGAAAAGCAAAAGGAAAACGACCCAAAUCUCAACUUGAUAGACUUUUGA